AGCCCUCACGUCGCAUCUGCGUCAGCCGCUAACGCAAACCUACCUGGAUCCAAGAUGGCAGCGUCGCGGCGCUUCCGAUGCGUCCGCCUUUCAGGUGGAGUGUUAGACGUAAAGAUAAGAUCCGGCCUUCAAUCGCUUGUAAACUUCAACUCAGGUCAGCGGCCUUUUUACGAAAGCAAACAAAAAGCUGCCUGAUGAUCACAAUAAGGAAACAUUUUAGUGUGUUUUGAUUCCCAGAGUGAGGAAAAGAACUACAAACUACCACAGUGGGAUCAAAACAUGGAGACAAAUUUGUUUGCUGUGUGCGUUACCAGUGAUAACUUUCUUCAAAUGUCUUCAAAACUUGAAACACUUUACUGUCAUUGUGCAAGUCAGCCGACAGUGGAGAAGGUUGAGGAGGAGGAGUUGUGGUUGGGGGGAGGGGAGGGGGCUUACUCCCCCGCGGGAGGCCACGCUGAGGCGACGCCAGGCGGCCAAGCGAGCAGCAGCAGUGCGCUCCGAGCGAGCUCGGCGUGCGCGCACCCUCAAGCCGCUUUGCACCUCCGGAGAAAACUGUAAGUACAGUCCGUUUUUCCAGAGUACUUUUCCUAAAGUGCAGUUAGAAUAAGACUUGGAAAAUUAAUUCACAAAAGGACGUAUGCAAUUUGAACCUUUUGUCAUAUUUGUUAAAACUGCCUGACUGAAUCUGACAAAAAAAAACUUGGUAAAAAAAAAAAUCUCAGACUCCAUUUUGUAUUUUUAAUUAGAUGUGGAAAAGCAACCAAUCAGAGGCUGUGUUAGUCAUUUGCAGUUCGCUCAUGCCUCGCCCCCCCCAGUUGUUUCAGGGACUUUGCUGAAACUAUUGCGGAAUAUCCAACUUUAGUCAUCAACCAAAGUUAAAGAGGUAUCAGUUUUAAAAUUGAAAACAAGUAUUAGUACUUCUCACCAUUUUGUUAAUUAUUCCCUUACAGUUGACAAAAUCCUAGCAGAUGCAUGAUGGAAGAAUCCCACGACCAGCAGGUCCCUCACGGUUUCGCCAAAAAGACGGUGAAAAAGAGGAGAAUUUGUGAGAGGUCAUCAAACGUCAGGAGAAAGUUGAUUAAGUCCAACCUGUCGGUGGACACUGAAGAACUUUUCCAAGACCUGAAUCGAUUGCAGGAGAUCUGGCUGGCAGAAGCUCAAGUUCCCGACAAUGACGAGCAGUUCGUCCCAGACUUCCAGACUGAAAACUUGGCGUUUCACGGCCUGCAGCUGAAGAUCAAGAGGGAGCUGCACAGUCCGUGCUCCGAGCUGAGCUCCACCUGCAGCCAAGAGCGGCCCUUCAAGCUCCAGUAUGGAGAGAAGUGCCUGUACAACAUCAGUGCCUACGAGCAGAAACAGCACGCAGGCAUGAAACCCUCCAGCCCAGUGACGCCCCCUUGUAGCACCCCCGUGUCCCCACUUCAUCAUGGCACACCCACGCCCAAACCCGAGCGGACCUACGCCCACGCUCCGCCCUCCUUACCCGAUGCCGCCUACGCCAUGGACCACAGAUUCCGCCGUCAGCUCUCCGAGCCGUGCCACUCCUUCCCAUCCCCGCCGACCAUGUCCCGGGACGUGCGGCCCCUGUACCAGCGUCAGAUGUCUGAGCCCAGCAUUCCCUUCCCUCCUCAAGGCUUUAAGCAAGAGUACCCCGACCCGCUGUUUGAACCCCAUCCCGCCAUGAUGGGAGCGCCGCUGCCCCACAUGUACCCCGCCGCCAUGAUGAUCAAGCAGGAGCCCCGCGACUUCAACUACGACUCAGCGGAAGUGCCCAGUUGCCAUUCGGUUUACCUGCGCCAAGAUGGCUACCUGGCACACGCCAACCGGACUGAAGGUUGCAUGUUUGACAAAGUUGCCAGGCACUUUUACGACGACACCUGCGUGGUGCCCGAAAAAGCGGAAGGCGAGAUCAAGCAGGAGGCUGGACUGUACCGCGAGGGUCCAUCCUACCAGCGACGAGGAUCUCUUCAGCUGUGGCAGUUCUUGGUGGCGCUGCUGGACGACCCGUCCAACUCGCACUUCAUCGCCUGGACGGGCCGUGGCAUGGAGUUCAAGCUCAUCGAACCUGAGGAGGUGGCACGCCGAUGGGGCAUCCAGAAGAACCGACCGGCCAUGAACUACGACAAGUUGAGUCGAUCGCUGCGCUACUACUACGAGAAGGGAAUCAUGCAGAAAGUGGCGGGCGAGAGAUACGUGUACAAAUUUGUGUGCGAUCCGGAGGCCUUGUUCUCCAUGGCCUUUCCCGACAACCAGCGUCCGGUCCUGAAGAGCGACGUGGAGCGUCACGUCAACGAAGAGGACACCGUGCCCCUGUCGCACUUUGACGAGAGCGCCCCCUACUCCCAGGAGACGCCCUACUGCCAGCCGCACCCGUACAGCGAGGCCUACGUCUACUAGACGGCAGGGACAAAGAGAAAAACAUCCUACCUUAAACUUGUUUGACAUUUUAGGGCCGUCCUCGAGAAUCAUCCAAUUGACAUGCUGCUCAAUGACAUUGGCUGAAUUUGAAGAAAAUUCAUUCGAAAUAAAUUUAAAAAAAAAAUCCGUCAUGUACGCGAAGCAUGAUGUCAAAGUUUAAAAAAUGAUUUUGAGGAUCCUUCAUCCAAAAAAUAGGGCGCAAGGGCUCAGUCAUUAUUAUCUUGGUUAUAAUUAUUAUCAUCAACAUGAUUUUGUUGACGUGCACUUUAUGGACCCUGACGGCUCUUUGGCGUACUUUAUGUUUAUAGCUUAAGUGUUUUUUGGGUUUUUUUUUAAAAAGAAAAUUAAGAUGACUACUGUCCAGCAUGCCUCACCUCAGAGAGACUCGACCCCCCGUGAGCAGGACAAACUUUGAUUCUGUAUUUUGGGGAAUUUUAGCAAAGCUACAUCCUUCUUGUGUGCUCAUUUUGAGAGAACAUGAGCGCCAAUGUGACUUUCUGGAGACGUCAAAAGGAUCAAAGACGUUCAGGAGAAAGAAAAAAAAAAAACAAUCGAAGUGAUGAACUCAUGGACGUCAACGAAAUGACCGGACACUUGAUUAGGAAGC